AUGACGAAAUGCAAAUCCCUCAAUAACACGAUCUCUGCCGUGCCCAUCAAGCGCCGCAAACUUGCGCCGACGCGUAGGAAGCCGGUCGACAAAAGCGCCCAGAAUCAAUACGUCAAGGUCGGCACGCUCCGAGGCGAUCCUUCGCAGGUCAUAUAUGGAUGCAUUAACGCGUCAAAGAAAGUGUGGUAUGGAACGGAGGCUAGAUCGCUACUUGAAGGUGUAAAGCGUGUCAAGCACAACGACGUCGUGUACCGCUCGAUGUUCCAGGGUCUGAGCCGUCGCAAAGUUACAUCAAAGGUGCUAGAGAAAGCUGAGCGAGCGAAUAUGCGACAUUUCUCAACCGGCGAGGGAUGA